UCUCACACACACACACACACACACAGUGAUGUCAUUGAGCGGCUCUGUGCUGGAUGACUGACCGGGCACAGACUGUUACAAACGGACAACUGACGGUGGCGGAGCUGCUGCUCCGGUUCUCGAGCCCCGGUCAGUCACGUGCUCCGGACCGCGGAGCUCACGGUGGCCUCGGUCUGGUGCUGAGGUUUAGACCUUUGUCAUUUCACCAUGGAAACUCAAAGGAAGUGGACGACAGUGGAGACGACGACUAAGUCCUUUGACAAUCGUCUCUGAAGGCUCCGGACUAAUGGACGAUGUGAGAACUGGACCACAGCGGGACUGAAGCUCCUGCCCGGGUCUCCCGCAGCGCUGAGCCCCCUCCUCCCCGGGGCAGAUGCCUCCGCGGGGCGAUCGGAGCCACAAGCCGGCUCCGGUGUCCCCUGCUCCGCCCGUCCCGCCGCGGAGGGUCCGGAGCCGGGACAGGGGCUCCGGCAGGACGCGGCGGUCCGGCAGCGAGGCAGGGGCAGCGGAGAGGCGGGUGAAGUGCGUGCUGGUGGGGGACGGAGCUGUGGGGAAAACCAGCCUGGUGGUCAGCUACACCACCAACGGCUACCCCACCGAGUACGUCCCCACCGCCUUCGACAACUUCUCAGCGGUGGUGUCAGUGGACGGGCAGCCAGUCAAACUACAACUCUGUGACACAGCUGGACAGGAUGAGUUCGACAAGCUCCGUCCCCUCAGCUACACCAGUGCAGACGUGUUCCUGCUGUGCUUCAGUGUUGUCAGUCCCGCCUCUUUCCAGAACGUGCCUGACAAGUGGGUCCCAGAGAUCCGGAGACACGCCCCCUUCGCUCCACUCGUCCUCGUCGGGACGCAGUGUGACCUCCGAGAAGAUGUCAAGGUUCUCAUUGACCUGGCUAAGUAUCGGGAGCGACCCGUGGACCCAUCGGACGCCCGGGACUGUGUGAUGGAGAUUGGAGCUGUGGCCUACAUUGAGUGCUCCUCUUUGACCCAAAAGAAUCUCAAAGAAGUGUUUGACACAGCCAUACUGGCCAGUCUGCAGAACCACAGCUCCCAGAAGCUCCCGAGGGGAAAACAAAAACGGCGAAAAAAGCAAAGGCAGACACCGGACAAGAUGAAGAGUCUGUCAAAGUCAUGGUGGAAAAGGUACUGUUGUGUGGCCUAGUGCAGCAGACCUGUGGAGUCUAAGACUCUGAUCCUCCACGAACUUGAUGCUGGUCUGGAUUCAGCCGGGUUUGGGUUCUGCCAGGACUCGCUUACCGUCUGGGUUUCUCUGUAAUGGAGCCUGAUGUUGAGCGGGAUCUCAACUGGAGUGCGGCUGAGAACCAAAGUAAGACUGUCAUGCAUCUCAAAUAUUUUUGUUUUUCUUUGGAGAUGGGUUUUUGGUCUUAUUAUAGAUGGGAUUGACCACUGAGCCCAGCCUGGUUCUAGCAGAACCCGCUGUCAAACUUCAAGCAGUUCUCCCGUGUCCCUGAAUGAACCAGGGAUUUUGUGCUGAAAUGUUAAUCUUAGCCUGCCUCCAGUAUGAGCGCUCUACAGGAGAACCUGCUCCUUGCUCUCCUGGAAUUUAACUGGCAUGAACCAGAACUUUUUUUUAUGUGUGAUAAAGCUUUUUAGACUGUUCGAAAAUUGAUCAGGAGCAGAAUCUUUCAUUUUCUGCUCUGUUUUUUAACACAUUGGAAAAGGUUAUGUUAAAUGGUAAGUCUGAUAAAAACCUUUCCGUACUCGUAUGGAUUUAUGUAGCCUUGUUGUGUAGGUGGAAGGGACCUGGACUGUCUGCAGACGAAACAUUUGAUCGUUGGUGACCUUUUCUAACUUGUUUUUGACUUAAUCUGGUUUCAAUUACUUAUGAUUAGAAAGAACCACUGACUGAAAUAGAGUGUCUGUCAAAGCAAACCAUGUCCUUAUUUACAUAAGAAGAGAAGACCAGAUCUAAUGAUUUCAUCACUGGACGUGAUUUACGUCAGAACUUAGUCAACGGGUCUAGCCCAUGAUUCAUUUCAGAGCUGCUUUUUUUUUUUUUACAACUGGGGUGAUUGUUUUCUAAUGAAAGAACUUAAUUCAUUAAGCAGCUAAUAAUUUUAUCCUAGUCACAUGUGGUGCAGCCUGCAAACCUAAUCUGGAACCUGCACCUGGUUUAUAUUUGGCUUGGUUUUUGGUGUUAUUUAAUUUUCUUCAGCUGUUUGGCCUUGAAUGAAGACUUAUAUCUCAUAUCAUGUCUUAUUUUAAAAACAACUAAUGUUUUUUUUUGGCCUCGUUUAAAAUUAACACCUGCAUUUCUUUACUCAGGCAAAAUUACCAAAAAUAUCUGGACAGCGAAACCCAUACUGAUUGUAGAAGCAGCAAAGGAUGCUGAGCAAUGAAAGAUGUCAAGACUGUGAGAAUAUCCAUGUGAAGAAAAAACACAAAAGCUGCUUUGUAAAAGCUACAGUUGUAUUAGUAGUAGUUGUAUCUUUACCCAAUACGACACAAAAACUGUAUCUACAAGUCACUGACAUACGUCAGGUUUCCACUGGCAGCUGUGGUGGUUUAUCAUCCUAAUCUGUCUGAUGUUAGUACAGAAGUAUUGUACAGACAGAGAAAUGGACUAGUUUAAAUGUGGUUUUGUUCAAUGUAAAUCUUUCUACGCUGGUGGUUGGUGGUUGGCUGAAGCACUUGAUCGAGAUGGGACAGAUGGAUAUUUUGCAGUUUUAGUGUUUUGCUUGUCUUCAUCAUGAUCACAUUGUUCCACACAGGCCACAACGUCGUUCAGUACAGUGGCCAGAUAACUUCUCUCGUCACCAUUUUCACAUCCAAAGGUAGAAUUUAGUCUAAAACUCAGUUUGUUUUAACCUUCGUCCUCUCAACCAGAAACUAACGUCUCAUACAAAUUGCAAGGCAGUUAAAAACUGUAAAUGAGGUUCACAUAUUCGUUCUGCUUUGUGCAUGUUUGUCUUCUUCGUCUUCCAGAUACUAAAAUAAUCCUUAUACGUGUGAGCACGUAAUAACCACAUCAACACAGUGCUCUUUGCAUGUGUUUGAUUUUGUCGUAAGAAAGGAGCAAAUUUUAAUAAACACGGCUGUCUUUUUUCUUAACCCAUCAAUGCAAUUGUGUACUGUAUGUAAACUGUGAAAUUCGAAUCAUGUACAUAUUCAAUGAACUCAGUAGUUUGUUGUUUGCUUGUCGCUCUGCAUUUGCUCGAUCAAGCCUAAAUUUGAUCCUCUGCUCUAGUACAGUGGCAACCGCAGGUCAUUUCUACCACUCUGCCUUCAUACUACAGAGACAUCCCUUGUCCGUCCGGUGUCUGCUGUAUGCUCAGUUAGCUCUGCUGCCGAUUCUCCCUCGAAUAGAUUCACUUUUAUAUGAUGUAACACAGAAAUAAAUAAACAGACUGGAACACAAAAUGUGUGGCUGUUGGACACUCCACUGCCACACCUUCCUUUGUACGUUGUAGAUACUAAAAGCUAAUAAUUUAAAACUAUCUCUCUGCAGUGCCUACAUCUUGAAUGGCUCUUUGUAUUAGAGUCUCUGCAGCAGAAGGAAAAAAAGAGGUUGGGGUCUGGGAUGGACUGAAGCAGAUCUGCUGUGGUGGAGUAGAUUUGCAACACAAUCACACUGUGAAGUCCCGAAAGGUCAAGUUAAUGAACUUGUCCACGCAGGAAAAAACAUAUUGUCUUUCAGGACUUUCAGGGGCUCUGAUUCAAUCACACUGAUCUGACCAAAAAGGAUUUUCAAUCUUGCAGAUCCUUAACUUAAAACCCUGUCUACAACAAAGUUUAAACCUUUGUCUGACUAGUACAACAACUUUUCUGUUUCUGACUGCUGAAAUGUACAAGUUCAGGGUCAACAUCUGCACAGUGUUCAUUGUUUAACUGUCUCCACCUCACAACAUUCUGCAGAUUUAGUGAUUCACACCAGUAAUCUAAACUCUGUUUCGGACAAUAUCUCUUUUAAAAGUCAACGCUAACCCUGAUCCAGAGGAUUUAGGAAAUCCUGGGCUAGAGGUGAGGAAUAUCGAAUUUUCUGAAAUAGUGAAAUAAAUGUUAGCCCUGAGUGUUUCCCUGGUGAGUGCAGCCUGAAAGCCUUGUUAGUAAAACAGGGAAGCAGUUUUCCACAUGUAUUCUUUCUAACUUUGCACCAUCUUAUUUUCGAGAGUGUGGUUCAAAGUCUGUUUCUCCAAAUACUCGGUCAUGUUGAGUUUCGGCCUCAGUGUAUACGUCGCUGGGACUCCAGAUUUCAGAACUGCGCUGCACUGGAGCGGUCUGAUUGUUUUCUGUUGAAGAUGUUGCCACUGCGACUGAAUGGGCUCACUGUGUCCAUGUUUUACUCAUGAUAGCAAAUGUAUUGUUUCUUCCUGGGGGAAGAGGCAUAAAAGGUUGUUUGUCUGCAGCCUUGGGUGAAGUGGAUUAAAUUAGGCUAAAGGUCACGCAGACCUUUAUGACAGCUGGCAUUUCCUCUGUCAGGUUGUAUCAGUCUUUUGUCAUUAAGUUCCAAAUUUAUAGAGUGAGUUUGUAUGCACGCAGCAUGUGAUCCAUACCUGCAUUCAAACUGAGAAAAAUAUAGAUCUGGGUCGAUUUAUUUUCAAAACACCAUGAAUGGUGUCUUGCCAUUACAUUAGUAAACAAGUUUAACACCUAACCCAUAAAUUCACUUUUUUUAAUAAUCCUUAAAAGCAAGUAAACUUUAAGAACAACCUCCACACUGGCCUCCAUUGUCAUUUUGAACAAACAGCAGCCAACAUAAGCUGACAAGAGCUACUGGCCAAACUAGACCAAGUGAGGCUGUAGCAGCAAAAGCCCUCAUAUAGUGUCGAUUUGAACAAUUAACAUUAAUCAUGUUUUUUGCCUUCAGAUCCAAAUUGUGUUAUUUCUUCUUUCAAAGUCACUAACUGCCUUUUAGGAGCCAGACAAAGCAGGUUGAUCCUCAGCAGUGUGUCUCCUGUGUGACAGAUGUAUGGCUUUGUAAUGUAGAACAGACAGGUCUCUGAAAGUGAACUGUCCUGUAUAAUGUGGAGACGCGACAGGUGAUCGAGAAUUGUGCCGAGUGGUUGGUGUUUUGUUGAAGGUAACAGAAAUGUCAUUGUUGUGUGUUUGGGGGAAAAGCAAAGUCUAUGAGGAUGGCAGGCUUCAUUUUGUUUGAUUUAUCUGCUGCUGGAACACGAUUUCAAACUGCCACAAAAUAAUAAACCACAGGUUUACUGAUAAUUAAAUGAACUGGCCAUAUUGUGAUGAAAGUUUGUGCAGGUAUGUCUGUGGGCCACACACAUACGCACUGUAAUCAUCUCACUGUGAAUACUUCAAUGUUUAAUGGUGAAAAGAAAGACAACAAACAGCCAUCUAGAUUUGCACAUGAUACAAAUGUGAGUUUAUACAAGGAGAGACAACCUGGGGGAAAGAACAAAACAGUUAAUUCUUGAGAUUUAAUUCUAUUUUCACUGACGUAGAUACUACUCCCUUGAGCACACCUGAGCUGGCUCACAUGGGACACCAGCUGAGAACGUCUUUGAGGAAACCAACCCACUCAGCCUGUGUGAACCAUCACUGUGUUUUCAUUUUCUUACUGCAAAUGAAAACAUGGUAACAGAUAAUACGCUGCUGCGGUCUGCUCACGUUGAAUUCUCCUUUGAACUGAGGAUGUCAGACAAAGGAAGAUGUGUUUGUAGAAAUGUUUUAUACCCUGAGAAUUAAAGAAUAUCUGGUUUACGUAA